GCUCGUAUUAUCCUCCGUGCUGGUCUCUCAGACCCGGGUGAGGCCAUAGCGGACUGCCCUUUCCCAAGAUGUCUUCGAAGAUUGGUUCGAGACGCUGGAUGCUGCAGCUCAUCAUGCAGCUGGGUUCGGUGCUGCUCACGCGCUGCCCCUUUUGGGGUUGCUUCAGCCAGCUCAUGUUGUACGCUGAAAGGGCCGAGGCGCGUCGGAAGCCCGACAUCCCAGUGCCUUACCUGUAUUUCGACAUGGCAGCAGCUGUGUUGUGUGCUAGCUUCAUGUCCUUCGGAGUGAAACGGCGCUGGUUUGCGUUGGGCGCCGCGCUCCAGCUAGCCAUUAGCACCUACGCCGCUUACAUCGGAGGCUACGUCCAUUACGGGGACUGGCUAAAGGUCCGAAUGUACUCGCGCACAGUUGCCAUCAUUGGUGGCUUUCUGGUGCUGGCCAGUGGGGCCGGGGAGCUAUACCGUCGGAAACCCCGAAGCCGUUCUCUGCAGUCCACUGGCCAGGUGUUCCUGGGCAUCUACCUCAUUUGUGUGGCCUACUCGCUGCAGCACAGCAAGGAAGACCGGCUGGCAUACCUGAACCAUCUUCCAGGAGGGGAGCUGAUGGUCCAGAUGUUCUUCGUGCUUUACGGGGUCCUGGCCCUGGCCUUCCUCUCAGGUUACUACGUGACCCUGGCUGCCCAGAUCCUGGCUGUGUUGUUGCCCCCGGUCAUGCUGCUCAUUGAUGGCAAUGUCUCCUAUUGGCACAACACUCGACGUGUCGAGUUCUGGAACCAGAUGAAGUUACUUGGCGAGAGUGUGGGCAUCUUUGGAGCUGCUGUCAUCUUGGCUACUGAUGGCUGAGUUCUGCAGGGAGAGGCUGAUUUGGGCACAGGGGGCCACUGAGGGCCACCUUACCUUCCUCCUUGCUGGCCCAGUUGCUGUUUAUUUAUGCUUCUUGAUUUGUUUGUUUACCUUUUUUUUUUUUU